AUGGCAGGAAAGACGUCCGAGGACCGAGUGCAGAACGACGGUGCAGAGCCGGGGAGUGCAGCGAAUUCCAAAGGACAGCGGGAGUGCAACGUCGAAACCCCAGCCGCGGCUAACACUGUGACCUGGCCGUCAGCACAGCCGACUCGCUGUCCCGUUGCCAUGGAUACUAAGUUUUCAACCUAUCUCUCUGGCUUCAACGGAUUUGGUCGCAGUUUCAACCGCAGCGUGUUGGCUGGUGACUUGCGCUUACACCAAGAGUACAGGGAGGCAUUCAACAAUGGCUCGCUGCCCUGCAAUCGACUGAGGAUCCUUACUAUUGGUGAUAAAGGCGUGGGCAAGUCUAGCACCCUGAAGUACCUGCGGGGGGAAGUGUGUGACCCAAAUGCUGAGCCGCUGGCAACAGAGGGGAUUGACAUCACCAUAUGCGAGACCAGUGACCGGGAACCAGCCUGGAAAGCCUGUACCACUGGCAAGUGUCAGUCAGCAGAUGAUCCUGGUCUGUGUGCCGCUUGGUGUGUUUGCAAAAGUGUAGAUAGCAUGGGAGGUGUCUUGCACACCGUCAAAACUAAAAGGGGGUCUACAGAUGGUCAUUGGGUUCUUAGGCAACCUCUCCAAAAUCGUGCCUACCAACAAGAAAAGCGUGCAGAUGCUGGGGAUAUCAAGAGCGUAUGUCAGGCUCUCAGGAAAAUCCUCCUGCAUUUGUUUUACCAGGUGAAGUUGAGUAUCCCAUCAGUUAUUUUGUUCUUCCUGCUGUCCUACAUAGGUAACCUGAAUGACUUUGGUGUCCUCUGCUGGCUUGCUAUAUUUUUGUCGGUGCCAUCAUUUGAAUCAGACCUCAAUUCCUCCUACCGCUUCAUCACAUCAGUGUCUCUUCAGAUGGUUUCAGUUGGUGUAGCUGUUUCUGUCAAAGAAUACAGUGCCCAUCUAAGAGAUAAUCAACAGUUGGAUGCUUUUGGGUGGAUGACCAUAUCACUGGUCUUGUACUUAGGAGUGUGCGCCAUGAGCACCGGGUUGGGGUUGCUGUGUGGACUGGGAUGCCGUAGUGGGGUGGCGGUUGCUUACUGUCUGAUAAACCAGAGGUCCCUGUUUCACCAGAAUGCCAAAAGUUUUGCUCUCUUGGUCAUCAGCAACCUCUUAGGACUUCUCCUGAUGCGGGAUGGCUUUAAACGCAUCCGGAAAGUUGUUCAGAGUCGGAACUUCUCCUCUGUGAGUCUCCUUGCUGUGGUUCUUGGCCUGUUGUUGACAAACUACAGGUAUCAACCACUUGUUGAUUGCUUUGAUUACUUGUACAUGCAUAUGUCUGAUGUUGUGGUUGGCAUUCUAAUGGGGUUUGGGUUUCCCUACGGAGUCCUCAAAGGACGUGAGAUUGUCGCCGUCAGAAAGCUAAUGCUCCCAUACAUGUUGAAAAAAUCUUUUGGCUUUUUUGUUACCAUCGUAGUUUGGCACCUGAUUGGAUGGGAGUUGUUGAUAUUUAGUAAGACUUCAACGUGGCUGUCGGUCAUUUGUUCUGCACUCAGUGCUUGCGGGUUCCCAUUGUAUGACUGGAUUGUGGCUCAGAAGGUAAAGCAUCUGGAAAAUAAUGACAUCCCAAUCACAACCUUUCGUAAGUUUCUGAUGGACUCUGCCACCCAAGACAACCCUGUCAGUCUCAAGCUUCAUUUCUGGGACAAUGCUGGGGACAGUGCCUACCAGACCAUGCAGCAGUUCUUUAGACCAGCAGAGGCUGUUUAUCUCCUGGUGUUCAAUCUGGAGGAUGCCAGAGAAGAUGACCAGCAGCAACUCCAAUGUUUGCGUCAGUGGCUCUUCAUGGUAAAGGCUCACUCCAAGAAUCCAAACACGCUGGUCUUUGUCGUUGGCACUCACCGAGACAGUGUUGGAAGGGACUUCAUUGCAAGUUUUGGUUCCCAGAUUGAUGACCAGCUCUACAAUGACUUCUGCAGCAUCUUGGCUAUCAACGGUGACAAGGGACCUCUCUAUCUUGUAGAGAAUUCCAAGGCAGUUGAUGGAGAUGGUCUGAACCUUCGCCAGUCCAUCAUAAAUAUUGCGAAGACAACACCAUUUAUGAAUGAGCUCUUCCCCAUUCGACACCUGAGUAUCUUAAACAAGAUACAAGAGAUGCAGUCCGAUUUCCAUCUGCCUUGGAUCAUGACCACAUUUGAUCUUCUUCAUGGCAUAGCCAGAGAGGACCUGACCCUGGAAGAGUUGCACAAAGUUCUUGUAUGCUUGCAUCGCACCGGUGACAUCAUAUACAGAGACGAUGACGACAUUCUGAAGGAGUAUGUCAUCAUCAGGCCUCAGAGUCUCAUGGAUGUCCUGAAGGCAGUUGUACGCAUUCCUCCCAGGGAUACUCGAAGACUGACUGAGGCGGAAGACUGGCGAGCACUGGAAGUGCAAGGCAUCGCCUCGCUGAAGCUCAUCAAGGCUGUGGUUGGAUCAGAGACCCUCCUCCCUUGUGUCCUGCGAUUGAUGGAAGCAUACAAUCUACUGAUACCCAUCUAUUCAAGCAGAUCUCAGCUUCAGCCACAGGAGCAAGACGACGAAGGCUCUCCCUCAUCAAUGGAAUCCCACCCUAGCUUGGAUUUAGGAUCUCUUCUAGAGGAGCUUCCCAAUCACUGCAUCCUACCGAGUCACCUUCCAGCAUUCACAGGAGCGGAUGGUGACUUUUGGGAACCCUCUCCAGAAGAUGAAGAAUAUUUUUUCGACUUUGGCUAUGUGGCUCCAGACUCCAUCUUCCAUCGUCUCUUGGCAAAGUGUUGGUGCGACAGGGAUAUCCAUGAAAGGGUGUACAAAACCAGAGGUCGUUUCAGAUAUCAGGGAGCAAACUUUUACACCAUUCAGCUACAGAGGAUUUCCGUCUCUCAAAACACAAUUCAAGUGAUUGUCCUACAUGAUGGGUACAACAGAUGCUCAUUACAGGUCCUCCAAUUUCUGUAUAACCUUCUGGAGGAUAUCCGUAGCAGGGAUUUCCCCAACCUGCCGUACACCUGUGGGCCUGCCUGCCAUGCGUGCAGCCUUGGUAAUUUCCUACGAAUCCUUAAGGUCUGCGGAGAUGACAAGAAGUUCCCCACGGCUAACAUGCCAUUUGAGGCAUUUAUGCCACAAGGGAAGUACCAUGAGGUCCAUCUGACACCACAGUUGAAAGUAAAUUGUGGAAGGCGAAGGACUAGUUCCUCCAACUCAUCCAUCAACUCGCAAACAGACUGCAGAACACCUGAAGAUCCUGUGCUGACUAACCAGAUUUCCGUCGGUGAAACAUCCAACCGAGUCACCGUCAUAACCGCAGGCAGCCAUGCUAGGUUUGAUAUCCACCAGGCCAGGAGCUUGUCAGAAGAAGAUGACGGACAAAAUGCCUGAAGACGUGUCGGGAGCUCUGCUCACUUCAGUCUUACAGAUCAGUCACUUAAGUGUGGCAGACUUUUACUCAUUUGUGCCGAGAUUCACUAGAAUUGCACAAAUAUGUUCUGUGAUUUCAGAAAUCAUUCACAUUCACGGCAUGAAUAUACCUCAGAUAUAAUUACGUCAGGCUUUGUUAACUUGUACGCUUUCCUAUGGGAGCUUGGUAGCUCUCAGUCAUCCCUACAUGUACCUGGCUCCCAUAGAAUAUUCGCACACAUGUAAACAGAGCGCGACAUCAUUAUAUCUUAGAUCUACUAACCCUAACUCCCUAGGGGGUGUGCAAAAUCAUAUUGAAAUUGGAGGAUUCAGGACUGUUAGGGCUAUAAGAACAUUUACAGAGCUUUAUAGCCUAUUGUUUCAGAUUCUGAGGGAUAGGAUAUUUUACACAUAAAUCUCAAGAAGUGUUGUCAAUUUGAAUACUGUAUGCUUACAAAUUUGAAUUUUUAGAACUACAUGUAUUUCAGGUUUGACUCCCCCUAUGACUUAUCCCUACAAACAAAAUGCACAGCAUCAGCUGCAGUAACACACUCACAGUUUUGCUCAUACAUGACCACAGCCUAAAGUAAAUAUAUUUUUACAACUGUGCAUUUGGGGAUUUUACAGCUGUGGCUUUUAUGGUUGUUUUUAUAUCUUUAUAUCUUCUAUGGGCUGUUUACUUUUUAUAUCCUAAUAAAUAAAUAUCAAGGCUAGUAUUUAAGCACAGUGUUAUUAUUUUAAUAGCCUUAUUAUUCAUUUGACCCUUAUUUUUUUAGGUAGUAAAACGGGUGUAUUGUAAAUAAAAUGCAGUAGGUAUUUGAAUUCAGGCCUAUGAACUAUUUGGAAUGCACCAAAUAAACCGAUUUUACUUUGAGUGAAAACAAAUUUCUCAAAGUAAGUUUUUUGACUUUUUCAAAUAGUUGUUUCAGAAAAUUUAAUGGAAUUCAAUCAAAGAACCAUGUGGGGAUAAAAAAAAGGACUUUCUAUUGUAAAUUUUAAGAAGGCGCUAGUCUAGAGGGGAAAUACUUAUUUUUGUAGCCCCAGCCGAAAAGUAAAACAUCAAAGUGUGACACACUUGUACUAAAGAACGGUGAAAACUGACAUCAUAUGUAUUAAACGAUAUGUUUCGUUUUUAAUAGUCAUACUGUUAUCAUUAUAUUGUUAUGGCUGAUAUAAAUGUAGAAAUUUCCAUUGAUUCAGCUGAACUGAACAGAAACAAAAAGAUAAAAUUCACAUUUAAUGCUAGCUAAUCAAGUAAAAGACAAAAACGUGUUUUUUUUAAUUAGCAAGUCAGAUGGAAAUUCAAGAAAGUUAUGUGCAACAUCAUGUCAGUAUCAAGUUUACAGGGUAUUGAUUUUAAAGUCAACAUUCCUUGUAAUUUUUUUGGGCAAAAUUAUCUCAAAAUUAUCCUCAGAUGUUCUUACCGCUAUUGACGUCAACUUUUUACCAAAGCGUAGUAGCACGUCUCAAUAUCAUUGAUUAAACUUCACAGUGUGCUUGAUUUUGCUAAAUUCUAUACAUGUAUGUAUGUAAUUAGAAUUUAUUAUGUGUUGUGUUAAAAAAAAACAGUAUUACAACAUUUUUUUGUAAAAAGAAGCUUAAAGCGACUUGGCACUGCAAGUUAAUUUUUUUUCAAUUGAAUUUUUGUUUUUGCAUCACUGAAGUCUGUCAAAUUAGUUUUUUUUUUAAAUAAUUGAAGCAAAAUAUCAGUUGCGAACUCCUCUUUUGUGAGAUGAAUGCACAGAAAGGCUGUUUCAACAACAAAAGAUAUACCUUUGAGACUUAGUGUCAGAGUAGAUCAUUUGCAUCUAUCCAAAAAGUAAUCGACCAAAUUAUUGUUAUAAAGCUUACUUGGUUUAAUUA